AACCCAUCAUCUUCCAUGUAUCCGACGUGAGGAGAAGAAAGAAAUAAGAAAAGUUUUGUUUUCUUUACAAUUUGGUCCUUCCUCCAAAAACUUACUAUUUUCACCUAGAAAUCAAAAGAAUUUUCAUAUCCAUCAAGAGAGAAAGAUAACAAGGAGACUAUGGGGAGCUAGAAUAUCAAGUUGGAUUCAAGAAAUUGAAGCUGAAGUAGAGAGAAAAUCAAGUUAAAGAUUGAAAUCAAUAGGACAAGUUUUUUUUGUAAUUCACCGAAUUGUACAGAUUUGAUCCGGUGUGAUGGCGUCCACAGUAAUGAAUCCAUCGACAAACAUGAAUUCUGAUCGAAGGAAGAUGAUGAUGAUGAAGAAGAAACCGAUGAUCAAAGAGAAUCAGACCAACCAGAGCCACACCAGAUGGAAAUCAGAGACACAGCAGCAGAUCUUUUCCUCGAAACUCGUUGAAGCUUUGAGUCAGCUCAGUUUGGAAAACGGUUCCACUCCUUCUCCUUCGGCUCCACGCGGUGGUCGAGCUGUACGUGAAGCUACUGAUAAAGCUUUGGCCAUCACGGCUAAAGGAAAAACAAGGUGGAGUCGAGCCAUUUUGACCGGCCGGCUUAAGCUGAAGUUUCGAAAGCGAAAGAGACAGAGAGGAUCCGCCGCUGCUGUGGCGGCCGUCACGGGGAGUAGUCGGUCGAAGAAAUCGAGAUUUAGCGUCUCGAAAUUGAAAGCGAGAAGUAUACCGAACGUUCUAAGAAAAGUGAAAGUUCUUGGACGGUUAGUUCCCGGUUGCCGAAAGGAACCGUUACCGGUUAUUCUUGAAGAAGCUACUGAUUACAUAGCGGCACUUGAGAUGCAAGUUCGAGCCAUGGCCACUCUCGCCGAGUUGCUAUCUGGUUCCGCCGCCAGCUCCAGCUCAAUCCCUCCGCCUCAUUCGCCACCGCCGAUUAGGCAGUGACACUUUUCUUUAUUAUAAUUUCCAGGUGUCACCCUCUCACCCUCUCUCUCUCUCUCUCUCUCUCUCUCACUCACUCUCUCUCUUUUUCUCUCUCUUUAUUACAUAUUUUUUCUUCUUUCAAAAACAAAAAUAUCGCCCUAUUCAAAUACAUAUGUUCUUUACUUCUUUACCUCCAUUUUUAUUAUCAAUUUUAAUAUUAUUCCAUGGCUUUUGAAUCCAAUUCGCCAUUGUUAACGAAAAAAAAAGAAACAGGGAAAAAGGGGGGAAAUCCAGCAUCUUCACCUCUGGAAAUAUUAUUACUCGUUGAUGGAUUAAUGGUUGAUUUUGUUUAUUGGUUUUUUGAGGGUCCGAAGUGAUUUUUGAUAAGGAGGUGACAAAUUAAGGUAGGUGACAAAAUGCACUUGAUGACUGAUGGGGGCCCAAACCACUUCAGCCAUUGGCUAUUGGCUAUUGGCUGCUACUCCACUACUCUAUCGUGGGCUGAUGAUAAUCUCCGAGGUUAUGUGGUAUUGUUGUUUUCACUUUUAUUUUUUUCAAUGUUCUAUGUAAUUAUAUUAUGACCUGUUUGGGUUUGGUUAGCUAGAUUUCAGUGAAGUUUCUACUAAAAUGAACAAAAAAUUUGUCCCCAA